UUCAUAAUGGCGUUUCACGUUACCACUUUUGAUGAUUGCUACCGUCUCGUUGCAGAUUAAACACAUUGGUUUUCUGCUUCCCACGGGGAAUACGAAUGCAUAUUUUUCUGUCCACUCACUCUUAAAUUCGCGGUUUUCAAAAUCAACUUUUCUUUUCUUAUCAAUGGCCAGCUUUGAGCACGCCAUCUUCACUUUCAGUCAGCAAAAAAAGAGUCACUUAUCGAAAUUUGCACUGCUCGCGAACGAUGAGACUGCCUGUUCACCGGCCUGACCCAGAGCACGUGACCAGUACAUAAAUCUGGCUGCCGUGAGUGAACGAGCGAGUAGUGGUGAAGGAGGGGGUGAGUAGUGGUAACGAUGCCAAACCGAGUAGAAGCCUCAAAGAUGUAUCGCGCGGAAUCACAGUUGCGCACUUCAUUGAGAACUCAUUUGGAUUAUCAUUAAAUUAGCAUGUUUGUUUUGGCGUCGGUCCAGAUUUAACCGUAUUUGGGUCCGGAUGCGGACCGGUGUCCGCCUAUUGAGUACCCCGGAUAGUACAUCCACUGUGUAUAGAGUCUAUGUUUGAAAUCGGCAAAUGACCAGUAGGGGGCAGCAAUACUGGUUAUUUACGUCUAGUCUACCGCAACUCCUCAUGAAGAAGAAAAGUGUGCUCGCGACUUUUAUCCUGCCACUCCGGCUUGCCGUAUAAAACAGCAGACAUCUUUCAAAAAUGUUAUAUGCAAAACUGGUGCCACUAUGUGCUGCAGCUCCCGGGUUCACGGUUCUGCUGAGCGCUUCGGUGCUGGCAGCCAGCGAGGAAAGGAAGAAGAGCUCACAACCGGUUCUAAGCCUCGAUGAGCUGCCGUCUCUAUACAGCAGCCCUGAAGCAGAGCCUCGGUACGUGGCACCAGAGGCAGGGCCUCUGGAACAGUGUGUCACAUCCUGGAGGAAAUCAGCAGAGCUGUACACACACCAGUGUCAGGAAGUUGCUCAGCAUUCACUGGAGAAGGUUGAGCGAGUUUACAGGACCGUGGAGCCCACAAUCAACACUUCUGUAACAACUGUCAUGGGUGUGUACCAGUUCCUCAGGGAGCCUCCGUCAGAUCUCUACCCCAGUGUGGCAGUGGUGGGUUUCUCUGGCUUCCUGGGACUUUACUUGGCCAAAGGCUCCAGGAUGAACCGACUCCUGUUUCCAGCUGGACUCAUGGCUCUGAGUGCCUCCAUGUUUUACCCUCAGCAGGCUGCAUCCUUAUUAAAGGUGAGUCGAGACUCAGCGUAUACCUGGGCGCAGCAGGGCCGCAGCACCUUAGAGACUCUGUGGAAAGAUCCACCAUUUGGCAGGAAGAAGUCUGAGAAGAAAGAGCAAACAGAGAGCAGCAACACAACCAGCUGAGAUGACAAGAAGACACACACCUCUCCAUCCUCCGAGAUUUUCACGUCACAGUAACACACACCUGUGCGACUGCCAUACAUGUGCUCUUUAAAUAUUUUACACACAACUGAGCACAGAUCAGGACUUUGACCACUUUUACCUCCACCCUGGUCAUUUCUGAACACUUGUACCUGCUUCUAAGAAUCAGGUUGAAUCUGUUUUCUGCUUCUUUUCUGUGACCUGUCUAAACAUCCAUCAUACUUGCAGCCAGCUCUUCCUCAUUGUUUUGGUAUUAGUUUCACAGACUGGUGCAGAGAGACGCUCAGAAACAAAACAUCAAUAAGAGAGAGAGUUGAAAUAGUAGAGAAACGGAUAAACGGACUGAUAGAAAAUUCAUCAACCACUAUUUUCAUGCAGCUUCAAAAUGUCAGCCAUUUAUGAGCUAAGACAAACUGGCCAUUUUCAGACUGUUCACUUGUUUUGUUUCAUAAAAUCCCAUGAAAAGCCUAAACAACACCACGUGUCCUACUAACAAGUCAUGCCUGUUUACUGGGAACCUGACAUGUCUCAUUUGUGUGCCACACUGUUACAGAAAUAUGGGCACUGUCUAUCUAUGAACAGCUUCACAGACUGAUAACGGUGGUGA